AUGGCCACAGAACGCAUAAUACUAAACACUCCAAAGUGGUACUAUCUCUCUGUAUCUCUAAUAUCCGAUCCGCCACAUCCACUGGACGAGCUCUACUUUAGAAAUGCUAUGAGCAUGGCUCUACGUGAAGCUUUUGGCAUCUCGGGAAUGUCAACUCCACUCGAUCUAUUGAGAUUCGACCAUCAAGCUCAACACGCUUUUAUACGGAUACCCCAAGUGUAUCUGAUACAGGUUCAAUCUGCCCUUACUUUGCUACAUUCAUUGGACGACAGAACGUGUCGUUUUCAUGUGCAUCAAGUCUCGGCUCAUCUAAUGUCUUUGGCUGUUGACAAUAGAGUCAUAAGGGUAUAG